GCUGGUCUGGUCUGGUCUGGGCUGGGCCAGGCCGGGCUGCGGCUGAGGCUGCUGCAGCGGCUGCGGGCUCCGCACUGACGCCACCCGCUCGGGGCGGGGGCGGGCACCCGGCGCGGGGGAGGAUGCCCUGCACACCUCGGACCGACACUCAGGGAGUCACCUGUGCAGGCCCCUCUUUACUCUGGCUACUGGAGGCACCAGACUGCUAAGAAAACCAAAGGAAAGAGACUGCAUUUGGAAGGGCUGAAGCUGUGGACCUCUCCCCAGGAUGGAUGGCCUCUUGUUUAGCCGACAGGCUCCCAUGCAAAGGAUGCUGGGCUGGGGAGGCUCCCAAAGCUGCUGAGAACUGCAAAGAUUUUCCGGGUUUGUCAAGGGAAAAGUGAAUGCAGAGGAAGACCAGCCCUGGAGAGCAGAUCUUGACCAUGGCCCCCACGACUCACAUCUCCCUCUGGAGCCUCUUUCUUAUGCCAACCCUCCUCCCUUGCAUAGUGCAAGCUGGGCAGCUUCCUAGACAGCCAGAAGGCUCAAGGCAAAGCCUUGACAAACACCCUACUCAGGAAUCCCAGCAGGACCCUGGGGGAUCCCCUGGGCCCAGGCACCAGAACCUUAACUCUCAGGACCAGUCUUGGUUAAAUCAUGGGGUUCAAGGUGGACUUGGCAGAGAACUCAAAGACUGGCUGAGACCCACGCUGCCUCCUUGGUUCAGGGCCACUGUGGGACCAGGAGACACUGAGAGGCCCAAUAGCCCAGCCCUGCCCUUGGCCACCUCUCCUCCUCUGAGCUCAGUAGCCAGUCUUGGGACCCCUCCUAGUCAGGAUAAUGUCACUGGAGCUGUGUGGAUGGGACCCCCCCCUCGGCAGGAAGGAUACAGUUUGGUGGAUAAAUUAGGCACUGGGGAUGCAGGGGGCAGGGAUGUGGGGGUCAAGUUUUGGGUUACAAAGGGACCUGUUUCCAAAGAUAGGAACUCAGAGCAGGCUCCAGGACGAGUGGCCCCAAUCCCCUUUGCAGCUGGGUCCCCUGAGGGGUCCCCAACUCUUCAUCUCUUCCCCACCCUUGCCCUAGGACCCAGAACAGGAAGCCCCCACCCAAAGGAGUCCAUAGUUCAGGAGAAGGUAGAGGUCUUGUCCAAAGGUAUGUCAGGCACCACCCCAGAAGGGAUUCCUAGGGAGGACUUGGGCUGGAAGGUGGUGAACAGGGGUGACGACCUAAGUCUUCAAGGGCCAUUGGCUGCCCAGGCCCCGGCUCUUUCAUGGGUGCCUUCCAUGACAACUGACCGGGAGCCCUGGCCACGGAGUCACAGUCCUGUGAUCCCAGAGGCAGAUGGAGAGCUGAUUAUGCAAACAGACUCAGUCACCCUCAGGACCAUGAACAGCUACGUCCCCUUCCCAAUAGACCACGCCCUGAGCCCCACAGUGGGAGUUGGAGAGGGGAUUCCAGCCAAAGCACAAAGUUGGAGUGGGAAGCUUCCCACCGAAAAGAGGAAGCAGGGCUCCCCAAGCCCAGGGUCAGGGAGGAGCUGGAGUGGAGAAGCCCAGGCCCCCCAGGUUAUCACGGAGAAGAGUUCUGCGUAUCCUGUCCUAAGGCCUGAGAUGACAUCCUCCGCUACAGUGACCUCCUCUCAGAGUUCCAGGUCCCUGCCCAUCUGGAUCUCAGCAAAUCGCCUUCCCUCAGUCUUGGCUGAAGAGCCUGACCUCAGGACCAGAGGUUGGAGUGCCCAUUUUGCCCAUCAAAUCAGCACCCAAAGGGUUCCACUCAGCCCCCAGACGGAGGACUCUGACAAUGUGGGGAACACUCCCUCUGCUACCCUUCUCCCCAGCUCCCUGUCACCAUCAGCUUCUUCCCCCAUUUCCGACACCACAGCUCCACUGUCUUCUGGGCAUCAGCCUGGGCCAGAGACAGUAUUCUUGGAAGGAGCUGAACUGAUUGCUCCUCAGCGAGUAAGAGGAGCUGUGGAAUCACCCAGUUCCCUGAAUUCUACCACUCCAAGCACCCCUGUUCCUGAGAGGAUGACCAAUGCUACAAAGAGCCUCCCAGCAGCUGCUCCACCAGGUGGAGCGGCAAGUCAGCCUAGGGAGCGGCCUCCUCAGAGCCACCCUCCAGCGCCUCCAGCGUCCUCCGAGCCUUCCCCGACCACGUCCCGCAGGGGGCUCAUCCGGGUCACCACGCAGAGGGCCCUGGGGCAGCCGAACCCCCCGGAGCCCUCUCCCAGCCCCGAGGCCUCCGAGCCUCCCCCCGAUUCCACCUGCGGCCCGAGGGCGUGCGGCCCCCAGGCCAACGAGACGAGCUCCCCGCCGCUGCGCUGGGGGCCCCUGAGGCAUACGCUGAGCUUCGCCUGGGAGCUCCACGUGUACGGUGCGGGGGCCCUCUUCCUGCUGCUGGCGCUGCUGGCCCUGGCCGGCCUGGUGGCCGCCGCGGUCACGCCCCACGUGCCCGGGCGAGCCAACGCGCUGGCCGCGGCCGCCCUCGUGCUCGCCGCCUCUUUGCUGCGCGCCGUCUACUUACUGGCCGACCCUUACGGCUCGCGGGGCCGCCUGGCAGCGCGCACCGGGCUGGUCCUCUACAACCUGCCCUUCCCGCUGCUCGUCACGGCCCUCGGGGCGCUGGCGCUCCUGGGCCUGGGGCAGCUGCUCCCGGCCCGGCUGCGCAGCCUGCGCCUGCUGGGCGCGCUGGGCGCGGUGCACGGGACGCUACUGCUGGGGGCCGACUUGCUCUCGCCCUGGCUUCGCCCCACCCUCAACCUGCUGGUGCAGGGACUGUCAUGCGCCUGGGGCGCCGGGGUGGCGCUGGGCACGCUGCUCCUGUGCCGCCGCUGGCUACUUGGUGCGGUGGAGCUCGGUCCCGAGGGCCAGGGGAGGAGCCGAGCCCCGGGUCCCGGGCCCAGGGUCCUGGCCGUGGGCGGGGCCCUGGGACUGCUGGCCAGCGGUUUGCAGCUGGCGGCCGCUGUGUGGCUGUACCCGCUGGCGGGGACCCCCAGCCGGUUCUCCUGGCCCUGGUGGGGCGUGCAGUUCUGGCUACGCCUGGUGGAACUCGCCUGGGCCGCCGCCCUGGCCCUGGUGGCUGGGGUCGCCUCGUGUCGCUGGGGACCGAGGCCCACUGAACACACGUGCUGGGGCAAGCUGCUGCACUAUGCGUGCCCCCCACCAGGUAAAAAUGAGGUGCCCGAGUAUCCCAACAACUGCUACGACUGGGCGGGCACGGCCGGGAUCGAGCGCGGCGGCAUCGACAUCAGCAAGAGCCUCAUCCGCAACCCCGCGGAGAGCGGGGCCCCCCGGCCCCCCAAAGACAGCAACGAGCUGAGAGCCGGUCACGUCUUUCCUAGCCCCGCCGGCUCGGCGGCCUCCCUGGCUCGGGCUGGCCGCAGCCCAAAGUACCCCAACAACAUGGGCCCGGGACGCUCUCGUAGCAGCGUGUGCCUGGACAAAACUGCGGGGCUGUCGCUGAGUGAGCUGGACUUGCGGCCGCCUUCGCCCAUCAACCUGAGCCGGAGCAUCGACGAGGCGCUGUUCCGGGAGCACCUGGUCCGCGACAGCGUGUUCCUGCGCUCCAGCCUGCAGUACCCAGCUGGCCUGGGCCGUCGGGACUCGGCCGCCUCCCUGCAGGCCCUCCCCCAGCCCGGGAGCCCCCUCCUGCGGCAGAGGCGCAGCAGCGACCCCGACCGUUCGGGCCUCACUCCUCAGGACCGCUGCUGUUCCUUGACCGACGUGCGGGUCGUGCCCAAGCCUGCUCCCGAGCCUGAGGCCGGGGCAGCGUCCGGGAGCUCGCUGGACAGUUUUUCCAAGGGCUCCCUCAAGAUCAGCUGGAACCCGUGGCGCCAUGGACUGUCAUCGGUGGAGAGCCUGCCCCUGGACGAGCUGCCCAGUACCGUGCAGCUGCUGCCCUCCCAGGCCGAGCCGGAGCCCACGCCCGCUCCCGAGGAGCCCGGGGACCCAGAGCGAGAGGCCCGCCGGAGCUUCCUGGCCCUGAGCAAGCAGGUGGACUCGCGAAGCGCCUCCAGCGAGACCAUAGAGCUGUGAUCAGCCGGGAUGGGCGGACACUGGGGAACUGGGAGCUACACAGGAAUGGGGGGUGGCUCCCCUUCCCCCACAGCAGCUCGGGGAGAAUGGGGCAUCCGGUCCCCAAACCCAGGAUUAUUUUUUUACAUCGUUUUUGAACUCUGAUUUUGUCCUGGGGCUAUGGCCUUCACGGAGCGGAGGGAGAGCCGGAAGGAGAGCUGGGAAGAGCUCUAGGGGAGGGUGCUUCUGCCACAGGCCUCUGCUGCCCCCUCAGCACAGAGCCACGGAAGGAAGGAUCGCGAGAGCUAUACUGGGGGAGGAGUGCGGAUUAGGCUUCCGCAAGAAGCCCCCUGGAGAGCCGCGUCUAAAACUUCCCGCUUUGUGCCAAAAGAAAGAAAAAAUAAACUUUUAAAACCAAUCCUGCUGGCCCAGCCCUUUCUGUCCCUGGGCUUUGCUAGAGGGGUGGUCUUCCUCCCGUGUGAUCUCCAUCCUCCGGCUCUAUGAAGGGUCAGGCCGCUACUACCACGCCAGCCUGCGCUUUCAGCCACCCAAUGAAAGAGAGAGUAAGUGGAGGAAGGGAAAGGCAGGCAUUGGUGCAACAUCCGUGAUGACCCACGGUGGGAAGGGUCAUGAACUCAGAAGUCACAGGAUAGAAAUUAAAAUCUUGG